AAAGAGUGGGGGUGAGGGGGAUUGCUUCAGUCCCCAAACAGCCUGUCCUGCCCUGGUCUCAGUCAGCACCCGGAGUGAGUUACCCUCCUAAGGGGGAGAGCUUGGCUUCUCUCUGCUGCUCGGUGUCUUUACACGGGCCUGGCCUUUGGAUGAGGAGCUGCUGGGUUGGCGGUGAUUUCUUGGAGCUGAUGCAUAUUGAUGAGGAAGGCUGAGCCCACAGCUUGCUCAAGCUCUCUGCAGAGAAGGGAAACAGCCCAGUGGCUGAGAAGAGCACUGUUCCUAUGCAGGCAGCUGCUGGCUGAUUCCUUCUGCGUCUUUCUUGCCCUUUCCCCCCGCCUUUCUGUCCCCUGGACCCAUGUGUGGGAUGUUGAGCUGAGUGGCUGCCACACCCAGAAGUUGUCCCUCUUCCAUUAAUCACCCCAAGAUGGAAGCCCCUCUGGUAAGCCUGGAUGAAGAGUUUGAGGAUCUGAGGCCGUGCUACAUAGAAGACAGGGAAGAAAAAUCCCAUUAUUUUUAUGGCUCCUCUCCUCGGCACUUGGAAGAUCCCUCCCUGUCUGAGCUUGAGAACUUCUCCUCAGAAAUCAUCAGCUUCAAGUCCAUGGAAGAUCUGGUCAAUGAAUUUGAUGAGAAGCUCAAUGUCUGCUUUCGGAAUUACAAUGCCAAAACUGAGAACCUGGCGCCUGUGAAAAAUCACCUCCAAAUACAGGAAGAGGAGGAAAAUCUACAGGAUGAAGAGGUUUGGGAUGCUCUUACAGACAAUUACAUCCCAUCCAUCACCGAGGACUGGAGGGACCCCAACAUGGAGGCGUUAAAUGGCAACAUCUCCGACACAGAGAUCCACGAGAAGGAGGAGGAAGAACUUAACGAGAAGAGUGAACAUGACUCUGGUAUUAAUGAGGAUCCUCUACUCACAGCAGAUCAGGUGAUUGAAGAAAUUGAGGAGAUGAUGCAGAACUCGCCCGAUCCUGAAGAGGAAGAAGAGAUUUUAGAGGAAGAUGACGGAGGGGAGACCAGCAGUCAAGCCGAUUCAGUCCUUCUGCAAGAGAUGCACGUAUUGUCGCAAACGCUUAACAACAAUUGGUCAUAUGAAGGCUACCCCAUUCCUAGAGCCUGGGGCUUGGGGCAUAUGACCGUCUUGGAGCUUUCAGAACUACUGGAUCGGGUAGAAGGCGCAAUCCGUGAGUACUCGGAAGAACUGGUGCAGCAGCUGGCCCGUCGGGAUGAGCUGGAGUUUGAGAAGGAGGUGAAGAACUCUUUCAUCACGGUGCUGAUGGAAGUGCAGAACAAACAGAAAGAGCACAGAGAGCUGAUGAAGAGGAGGAGGAAAGAGAAAGGGCUGAGCUUACAAGGCAGCCGGAUAGAAAGGGCAACCCAAAUGCCUCUCAAGCGGUUCAGCAUGGAAGGAAUCUCCAAUAUCCUGCAGACUGGUAUCCGGCAGACAUUUGGAAACUCAGCAACUGAUAAGCAGUAUUUGAACACAGUUAUUCCAUAUGAGAAGAAAGGUGCACCGCCUUCAGUUGACGACCUACAAAUGCUUACAAACAUUCUCUUUGCAAUGAAGGAGGACAACGAAAAGGUUCCUACGUUGCUAACUGACUACAUUUUAAAAGUUCUCUGUCCUACCUAAGCUCCGUGCGCUGAGCACCAUCAAACCAACGGGAGAUAACAAGGCCAGUGUGUCAUUCCAUCACAGGGACUGCAUGACAUAAUGUAAACUCUGAAUUGUGUAUUUAAAGAUGUAUAGUAUUAACCCAGAUUAAACUUGAGCGAAAGUAUUUCCUUUGCUGUCAGUUUCUAGUCCUAGUAAACGUCUGAAUGCAUGAGUGAAGACAGAUGCUGCUCGUAUUUCUCUCUUGGGGAGACAGUGCUUCACUGUCCACUGUAUACUCUCAGCCCAACUCUUUCCCCUCAAGCGGCGAUGAGACUAAUUUGAAUACUGAAAUAAACUUCCAUUUAAUUAAAAGGUUGUGACACUUCUUGGAGAGAUGGUUUGUUGCUCAAAAUCCAAUUGUUUUGUUCCUUAAUCCUCCUGAGGAAAAAACCAAAUUUCAUCUUAACUGUGGGGGAAAAGCGUUUGACUGUACUUUGUAGGAUCUUUUUGUCUGAGCUGGACAGCAAUUUACUAUGUACAGUGCAGAAAAUAGGAUAGAUUUUAGAAUCCCUCAUUGGAUGGAAGGGGACCCCAUUCAAAUAUGUGAUGGUAGAAAAGCUAAAAUGAUGGAGAGUGUGCAGUUCUUUACGCCUGAGUUAUGCUCACUGAUUAAGAAACUUGCCUCCAUCUGAAUAGGUGUCAGAUGGAAUUUAGAAACGAGUAUUAAGAGAUAUAGUGAUGCAGUAUUAGUUCAAUAUUGUGUAGCCAAGAACUUUACAGUUUUUAGAACAUUGUUAUAGAGAAUUGUUGCCCUGUUGGACAGGGUUGCCACUCAGGCAAAGUGAUAUCUUAACUGGAGUAGUGUCUUGUUGGCAUACAAGUUCUCCAGAUGCACAGAACUCUUCUAUUUUUAAAAGCCAGUUCAGAUGUUCAAAAAACCUCUCUGCGAGAUGCACCCCAUCUCUCUCUGGGUAAACGUUUAUGCAGAAAUAAAUAAAUACAUUUGCUGUAGGAAGCUAGGAAUAGAGGCUCCUGCAACUUUGGCUAAAAGCCAAAGUAAAAUGGGUAAAAUGAGGUACAAUUACUACAUACCCUUCAGCUAUUAGUUUAACUGAAUUUUAACUGGCACUGUAAUAUUUAUAUGUGUGAAGAACCUGCAGACUGAUGCCACAAACAAAUCGGAGGGCAAGUUUGGAAGUAUCGAGGGUUGGCAAUCACAGAGAAAAAAUACAUUGUACAAAUAUUCAGGAUAUUCCUCCUCCUCCUUCAGAGAGAGGGAUUUAGUCCUUACACUCUAAACAGCACAUCAUAUGAUAUUGACACUUGCAACACAAAUGUAUACAAGUGAGCUGUGGUGUUCACUACACUACACUACACAAGUGAGAUGUAAUGCUGUUCACUGGUCUCUCCUCCCAUCUAUACAUUCAUCUGAAGCUGUGAAGAGAGCCUGAAAUGCAGGGUCAUGCAGAGAGAAUCUCUGCACAUAGUUGUACAUGCAUAGGUCUGUCCACAGCUUUGGAUAGAUGUGUUGAUGGGAUCAGGGGACAGUAGCCACAAGGUGACUCCCUCCCCUCGUUGACAUAUCUCCGGAUGUGUCACGUGAAAAGGAGAAUUGUACUUGGCUACCAUGCAAUUCUGUGGUUAGUGAUUUGGAAUUAUCUAUUAAUGCAAUAGGUAUAAAAUAUGAGGUAAAAUGGGAAGUUCUUCAAACUUGGACCAGUGUAACAUCCUUUCUACUUUCCCAGUGUGUGGCUACGAAGGAGACUCUUACAUACCAGUUAAGGGUGGUUAUCAACCUGACCACUGAGUCUUCUGUGGAUUGCUUCAAUGUUGAAAGCCGUGAGGGAAACUAUCUGGAGGUAGGAACCGGAGUUCUUGCAUAGUCUCUCACAGAUAUUCCCACGUCAUCCCCCCCCCCCCCGGACACAGAUACAGUUUCCUGGUGAUGACCUCCGUGACUAUGGCAGCCCACUUUCCGCCCAUGAUAAUGGGGAUAAGAUUCCAGGUAACAAUGGCUGUAGGCGAAGGCACAGCUGGGGAUAGUUCAGCGUACAUCAUGUGAAGUCUUUUGAAUAUCUGAACUAAGAGCUGUUCAAGCAAUUGUUUCAUGGUGUAAUUUUUGUUCUGUGUUACUCAAAAGGUUGCAUACCUAAACUAGUAAAGCACUGGCAUAAAUGUGUAGUGUAGAGUGAUCUACUUUUUCUUUUUCUCUAUCUCUCCCUCCUCCAUCUUCUGCUUCUCUUGGAAAGAAAAAGGUUUUCAUGCCACUGGUGCAAACUACCUUAGGUUCUGGCCAUUAGCAGAAGACCAGUGUAUUAUAUAGGCUGAGUGCAUGCUGAAGCAAUAGCACGACCCCUUCAGUAUGCAGCCAGCUGCAGUGCAAAUCUUCUCAGACCACAACAUGUCACUUUGGUCAUGUGAAUUGGCUCUCUGUGCAAUUCUGAUGAAUACAGAACCUCCCCCAACACAAAACACAAGACCUUGUCCAAAUAUCACUCGAUUAUUCCAUCAAACCUACAAUUAGUCACCAGAUGCAGCAGAGGUCUUGGAUUCUCUUUCUCUUGCCAGCUGCAUUUACCCACAUUCCUCUUCUGUGGGGGUUCCUGUUCUCUGUAUCUGAUUAUCCUACCAACCAUGCAAGUAUGACUAGCAAGACUGAAAUCCCUUUCUUGGAGGCUCUGAGCCUGCCAAUAGAACUGAUUUUAAUUGUCAGCUAUGAUCAGGGUUCAAUUAUCCGGUGUAUUGCUUCUCUCAGCUUUUUCUCUCCAGUUUCUACUUUGUCCCAGAAACUUAUUCUUCCAGGAAUCAAUGGUUGGCUUACUUUUGAGCUUAUUUCUGCCAAGAAAUGGGUAGGCCGUAUGGAACUGCGGCACCCACAGGUGAUGUCUGCCAAAACCCCUCCUAGACUGUACAGUACAAGGCUGUAGGAGGUCUGAAUGGGGACAUAAGUGGGGUCCUGGCUCCUAUUCCGGUAUCAUUUCUAUGUCACUAAACAGCCUUUCAUGUAGAAAGGAUUCUCUUUGGUCUGCUCUUAAGGAAUGUAUGACUGUGCAGCCUACUUCAGUGACCAUCCUGCGAAAAGGAUGCAGUUGUGCAGGUAGUCUCAGCCUCAACACAGCGGACUUGUUGAUUUCCCAAUGCCAAACAGUCAUAGUUCUGUUCUGAGCUGGAAUUGAGUCUGAACUUGAGUCCAAGAAGCUUUUGGGCAAUGCCAAAAAUGGCUCAUGGCUGGGGAUCGCUGGCAGGCCUGGCUAUCUCUUCAACACAUGACAAUUCCUUACGAAGGAGACUGUUGUGAGCCAGUGCUGGGCAUAGCCACUCCUGCUCUCAAGGACUAGUUUAUCCCUUCGGCAGCAGUCGUUUGGAAGAACCCUCUUGUCUUUUAACAACUAUGAGACUGAACUUGCAUAAGUAGGUUCUCUAUUUUUCCAUGGCUCUGGAUUAUGUAACUUUCCUCAUUGUUUCUCUUUUUGUGUACCAUGGGUUUUAAAUAUGAAAUAAUAAUAAAAAUGAAAUACCAGGGAA